AUGGAAACACAAGUACCAGGUCUUUAUCUCAUUGAAGAUUUUCUUUCUUCAACAGAAGCAACAAAUUUAAUGAAUGAAAUCAAUCAACAAACUUGGAUAAAGAAUAGAUCUCAAACAAGAAAUAUUCAAAUUUAUGGACCUAAACAUGAUCAGAGUUAUACGAUUAUUCCAAAUGAUAUUACUCCUCUUCCUGAAUUUUUGAAAGAGCUUUCGAAAAGAAUAUUGGAAACUACGAGAAACAAAUUACCUCAAAUUGAUUUGAAAGAUUAUGAACCUUACUUGGGAAUUGAUAAAUAUACAGAGAUUUUCAUCAAUGAAUACAAGCCUGAAGAUAAAUUAGAUCAACACUUUGAUCAUCGUAGUACAUAUAAGGAAAUAAUAUUUGGAUUGAGUUUAGAAUGCACUUCAACCUUAACAUUUACCAAAAAUAACAAGAAAGUGAAAGUGAAACUACCUGAACGAUCACUCUAUCUAAUGACUGGUGAUUCUAGAAAUGUCUACAAACAUGGAAUUGAAUCAGGUUCAUUGGAAGGUGACAGAAGAGUUUCACUCACUUUUAGAACUGUCAAUUAUUGA